CCUAACCUUGCGAAAAACCGGAUUAAAGCCUCUCACAACUAGUCCCAGCUCUCGCCGUCACCGCCUGCGCCUCUCCGGUUUGCCGCCGCAUCCGCUGCCGCGCUCGUUUCUCGUUCUUCUGUUCUGUAUGCAAGAUUCGAAUCUGUUUCUGUGCUGCUUCCGUUCUUCCACUUCCUUUUUGUUGUCGGAACAAAACGGAGUUUUGUUGUUGAUGUUGCUCAAUAUUAAUCUUCCAUGUGGUUUAGCUUCAAGUUCCCCAUCACCAAGUUCACUCACAGCUCCAAGUUCAAAUUCAAGUUUGCUUCAACUGCUGCACUUGCACACUUCAAUGUUUCACACACCGAUUUCAGUGAAAGUGAGGAUUAUUCUUCUUCUUCAUCUUCUUCUUAUUGUAGCAGCAAUAACAUCACCAACGACAACAUAAAAGAAGAAAGUUUUCACAUUGUGAAAAGUUUGCAGAACGAUCCUUCUCUUGCUUUUUCACUCUUCACUCAACUGAAGCAACAACAGUUUGUGGGGUUCCCUGAGAACAUUUCAACCUAUGCAGCAAUCAUCAGGAUUUUCUGCUACUGGGGCUUGAAUAGAAGGUUGGAUUCCGUGUUCCAUGAUCUUAUUGCACUGUCUAAACAGCACCCUUCAUUUGAAAUCCAUGACUUGUUUGAGUUACUAUUGGAUGAUGGUGCUGUUAAUGGUGGGAAUCACAAUUACAUGCUUAGAGCAAUUGAUGUGUAUGUUAAAGCUUGUGUUGUUCUUAAAAUGUUUGACGAGGCCACUGAUUUCUUGUUCCGAACUAGGAGGCGCGGUGUUGUGCCGAAUAUCCUUACUUGUAACUUUCUUAUAAAUAGGAUGGUUGAGAAUGGUAAGGUUGAUAUGGCGUUGGCAAUUUAUAGACAACUCAAGAGACUUGGUUUGUGUCCUAACCAUUACACUUAUGGUAUUGUGAUAAAGGCAUUCUGUAAGAAGUGUGAACUGGAAGAGGCAGCUUAUGUGUUCAAGGAGAUGGAAGAAGCCGGGGUAAGGCCUCAUUCGUAUUGUUACACGGCUUAUAUUGAGGGGCUUUGCAAGAAUAUGAGGUCCACUUUGGGAUAUGCCAUCCUCCAAGCAUGUAGAAGGGAGAAUGUCCCUGUAGACCUUUAUGCUUACAUAGUCGUUGUCCGGGGGUUUUGUAGUGAGAUGAAGUUGGAUGAAGCCGAGAGUGUGUAUUUAGAUAUGGAAAAGAAGGGGUUGGUUUGUCAGGUGGAUGUUUAUUCACCAUUGAUCUAUGGGUACUGUAAAAGUCAUAAUCUGCUUAAAGCUUUAGCCCUACAUGAAGCCAUGCUUUCAAGAGGUAUAAAAACGAAUUGUGUGAUUGUUAGCUACAUCCUCCAGUGCUUGGUUGAGAUGGGCCUUACUAUGGAGGUGGUUGAGCUGUUCAAAGAAUUGAAGGAAUCAGGCAUGUUUCUUGAUGGGGUGGCCUACAACAUUGUAUUCAGUGCUUUGUGUAAGUUGGAGAAAGUGGACGAUGCAGUGGACAUGGUGGAAGACAUGAAAGCUAAGCGUAUGGUUUUAGAUAUUAAGCACUAUACAACCCUUAUAAAUGGAUAUUUCCUUCGGGGUAAACUUGUUGAUGCCUUUGCUAUGUUCAAAGAAAUGAAAGAGAAAGGUUUGAAGCCUGAUAUUGUCACAUAUAAUGUAAUUGCUGCUGGUUUGUCUAGAAACGGCCAGGCUCAUGAUGCAAUUGACCUUUUGGACUAUAUGGAGACUCAAGGUGUGAAGCCAAACUCCAUUACACACAAGAUGAUCAUCGAAGGUUUAUGUUCAGCGGGGAAGGUAGUGGAAGCCGAGGCAUAUUUUAACAGCUUGGAAGAUAGGAGCAUUGAAGUCUAUUCCGCCAUGGUGAAUGGCUACUGUGAAGCAAACCUUAUCGGAAAAUCCUAUGAACUAUUCCUUAAUCUGUCAAACCAAGGAGAUAUUUCUAAAGAAGGUUCCUGUUUUAAGCUACUUGAUAAACUCUGCAUGGCAGGUGACAUCCACAAAGCUAUUAUGCUGCUAGACACAAUGUUGGCUCUUAACGUGGAACCUAGCAAAAUAAUGUAUUCUAAAGUAAUAGCUGCUAUGUGCCAUGAUGGGAAAUUGGAACAUGCUCGUUCUUUGUUUGAUUUUUUCAUCAAGAAAGGAUUUAUGCCUGAUGUAAUAACUUACACAAUUAUGAUAAAUACAUAUUGUAGGAUGAACUACUUGCAAGAGGCCCAUGAACUCUUUGAGGAUAUGAAGAGAAAAGGGAUAAAACCUGAUGUCCUUACGUAUACAGUUCUACUUGAUGGGAACUUGAAAGCAAAUUUAAGAAGGCAUUUCUUGUCUCCAAGUGGAAAAAGAACAUGGGACGUUUCUUCUCUCUGGAAAGAGAUGCAGCAAAUGGAAAUAACUCCAGAUGUUGUUAGUUACACUGUGUUGAUUGAUGGUCAAAUAAGGGCGGCUAACUUUCAAGAUGCCAUUAGCCUCUUCGAUGAAAUGGUUGACAGAGGAUUACAACCAGAUACUGUAACAUAUAGUGCUAUGAUUUCUGGCUUUUGUAUCCGAGGGCACAUGGAGAAAGCUGAUACACUGCUUAAGGAAAUGUCUUCCAAAGGAAUGACACCAGGAUCUGAUCUCAUCUCGGCUUUUGAACGUGGUAUUGUGAAAGCUAGAAAGGUUCAAUUUCGAAAGUAAUCAAUCAGUAUAGACGGUUUGAGCUUCGGUUUGUCCGAAGUCUUAAAGUAUAUCAAGUAAAUACCCAAAGGUUUGAAAGAGAAAAGCCUUGUGAUUUGAUUACUAGGAAGUUGUUGUGCAUAGUACAUCGUUCACAGAAAAUUCUUAAGAAAGUUGCAGUCAAAGUUGAAUCAGGUGAAGACUAAUGCAAAUGUGUUUCUUCAGGCUUGUGUUGUAUUUUCCUUAAAACAAUGGUCCAAGACCAUUUGUUGCUGUAGUUACUGAUUUCGCUGGAUUAUCAGGUAUUCAGUCAGCUAAGACAAGAUUUGAGCGCUCGAGACUAGAAGCUCAAGCACCUUAAGGAUUAUUUUACCAAGGAGAUUUUAAACCAUGGCUAGACACGGAUCAUAUCUUUGGCUAAGGACUAUGUUAGAUAUCACAAGGGAAGUUUCAUUUUGGCUUGGAUGUAAAUUUAGGAUCUUGUUUGGUAACCAAAGCAAAGCUGUGGAGUAUUUCUUAGGGCUUGUGUAUUUUUGUAGAAACAUGGACCAUAGGUCUUGUGGUGACGCCGCGAGUAAUCUAGGGCUACGCAGUGUCUCGUCUGGCUAUAAGGGAAUUAGCCGACGACGGUGAGUUGUAGGUGGAUGCAAACCUUAUGCCGGGAAGCUAACAUGCGCGUGGACGAGUUGGCUAGUUUAGGUCAUGGUCUGCCUAAAUGUAUCUCCAUUUUCGGAGUAAUUUUUUGUUGUUAGUAACCAUGGAAGAGCAGUUGUUCCACCCUUUCUUUUUCCCCACAUAAUUUAUGAGUAUUAUGUAGGUUUCACCCA